GUUUCCCGGGACCUCGGGAGAGACAAGGCUAUCAGCAAGCAAAAACCAGGCCAGAGCAUCAGCAGCAAACACCAGUGAAACAGAGCAGGGAGAAAACUGAAUCUGGAAGUAAAAUAGUUAUAGAAGCCACACCUAGCUUGAAGGGAAUGCUCAGUACAGUGAACUGGGCAAUCCUAAAGCAAACCAUGGACCAGUGUUUGAACAGUUUCCUGGCUGAGGCUUGCUCUUGACACUCAGAGUACCAGCUGCUCCAAGCCGACAUUGGCAGAAGAUUGCAAGAGUCAUUGCUGCAAGUCACCAGUGGAUAGUGAAGGAGAUGCUGAGCUAAAAUGCAAGAUGAUAAAAGGUUUUAUUCUGAAUCAAAUCAAAUCUUAGGGGCAGAAGCUCCUGAAGUUGCCCAGAUGAAAGACAGUUUCUGAAUACACUAAGUCUGCUGGCAUAACAGUGAGCUUAUUUGCAUGCUGUUCACUUUAGUGCAUGAUAAACUUUAAAUUUAUGCCUUAAAAAAACCACCAGCUGUAUGCAUGAGCUGUGUUCAGUUCUGCUCCUUGGUUUUACAAAUUAUGUCAGAGUAAAUGAUUCACCAACUUAAUUGAGACAGUAUUUUUGUAGCAGACAUUAACAAGUCUAUUUAGUUCCAACAACACUGGCCAGGCUUUUACAGAUACAGGUACCCCUGAGAAGAACUAUAGAAGAAAGAUUGAUGAGCAACUUUUGGAAAUAUACAGACUGAAAAAGAAGAUAUCAGAGAUAUCCAGAGAUAUCAUUAAACUUUGGAUGAUAGAGGACAAAAUAAAAGCAAACAGAAGCUGUGAUUUGUGAGUUUCUCUGUCCAUUAUCUUGGCCUGAAAACCAUGCAUGAAGAAUGUGAAUUAGAAAGCAGUCCCAACUUGAGAAAAGAGAAGAAGUAAUAUACCUACUGAUGGGAAAGUGCACCCGCAUUGUGACUAUCUCUGUUGUGACAUGUUUAUUUCAGAUUCCUCAGGUAAAACUGGAGGAGAGCUGUACAAACACUGCCCAAUGUUCAAAUACAAACUGGAUCCACCUCUGGUACAUCUGGCUUGUGGUUGCAAUUGGUGGGUUCUUCCUCCUUUGUGGACUUGUCUCUGUUUGUGUGAGGUGCUGUUGUCUUAACUGCCACGCAGCAGAGAAUGAUGCCAGCCACCAGCCAUAUGAGAUCACAGUCAUAGCAUUUGAUCAUGACAGCACCCUUCAAAGCACCAUCACUUCCCUCCACUCAGUGUUUGGCCCAGCUGCUAGGAGAUUAGUAGCAGUAGCUCGCUCCCACUGUGUUGUGCCAGCGGUGCAUCAGCCUGCUGGGAUGGAGACACCCCCCAUUUAUGAGGAAGCUGUACAUAUGAGUAGAUUCACAGUGGCUCGAAGUGGAGAAAGAGCUCUAGAUCUGGAGCCAGUGCCAGAGGAAAAACAGAAUACAGAUGAUGAAAAAGUACAUCCACAAGCAAAUUGUUCAUGAAGUCAAGGCUUCCAAGCCAAGCCUCAGCAAGAUGUGUCUAUGUUUCCUUUAAUAAUGACAAUGGGACUUCUCCUUGAAGAUAGCUAGAAAACGAGAUGCUG